AUCAUAAUUGAAACAGAAAGACGCUGAAUAAAUGAUGCAGCUUCGUACUGAUAAAACAUAAUAGAGGUUAAGAGGAUAUUUUCAGCAAUUAAAAAAUAUAAAGCAAAGCUGAAUUAAAUUCAUUUUGAUUAAAAUUAUAAUAUUGGAAAAAGAAAAUAAAUUCUUACAAAAUGGUUCUUGUGCUGAACGGCGUCUUACAAGAUGAUUGUCCGAUGGACACAACAAGCCUUUUUCUGCAACAUCCCGUUUACAGAGAUUAUGCCCAACAGUUACUCUCCAUACCAACAAAAUCAGUUGGCCCCAUAGGUUUGCUCUACGUAGGACAGCGUGAAAUGGCUGGUACUGCGCCGCAUGACAAAAACGUCAGCAUAAUUGGAGCUGAUGAUGCGACAACAUGUAUUAUUGUUGUUGUGCGACAUUCAGGAUCCGGAGCAGUUGCUUUAGCCCACUUUGAUGGCUCUGGGGUUGAUGAAGCGGUGUGUGCAAUGGUUGCACGUGUGCAGGAGCUUGCCUUAGGCUAUCCAGAAGGACGUAUUGAAUUACAAUUAAUUGGUGGCUACAAAGAUCCACAAUCAUAUGGUGAAGAUGUUUUCUACAGCAUAAUGCAAUCAUUCCACAAACAUCACCUCGAAAUUGACUUAACACAGGCCUGUGUUGGAGACUUAAAUACCAUUGUACGCGGUGACAUUAAUUUCCCCAUCAUCUAUGGCGUAGGUGUAAAUAUAAAUACCGGUGAAAUAUUUCCAGCUACUUUCCCAGAGAGAGGUCCAGAUAGGCAAUUAAGAGAUGCACGCAUUUUUAUGGGAGCACAAACGGUACUUGAUGUAUACGACUCUUCUUUGGGAAUGCUACGUAUUGGCCCAUUCAAUUAUGAUCCACUUCGUGGUGUAGAUUUAUGGCUAUCACAAACUGAUGAAUUUAUUUUACAGCAUUUAUCCUCAAGUCCUGAUGUGGAACCACCACACUUUGCUAUGCAUAUGCGCGCAACCAUUAAAUUUAUACAAGAGAACCAAUUUCCCGCUAUUACUGUAUUCAGAGAUAAUCGGCCACGCUAUUAUAGACGCGAUGAAACUACGGGUUACUGGACCAUUGUUAGAUAUUAAAUAAAAUUAAAACAACAAAUUGGAAGCAAUUAUUUGAAAUGUAUAUAAAAGUAAAAUUUG